AUGUUCUCGAUUCAUUCGUUUAUUCAUCUUGAAACACUCAUUCUCGAUCAUAUAACAUCGUACAAUCUUCUCAUUCAACUUCUUAAUUCUCUUUUAUUACUACCACGUCUCUUUACACUUUCCAUUACUUUAUCACUUUAUUAUCCAGAUGAAAAUCCUAUACUUCAAUGUAUUUUUCGUUUACCUAUAAUCAAAUAUUGUAAAUUAACAUUUUAUGGAGAUCUCAAUAAUAAAUGUUUACCAUGUAAUCAUGAUCAAAAAUAUCAAUGUCAAACACUUAAAUAUCUCAUUAUUGAUGGUGAUUUGUGUCUCAAUCAGCUUACUCCAAUUUUAACAUAUACGCCUCAAUUGAUAUAUUUAUCAUGUCGAUUUCGAUUGGGAUUCGAUUAUAAAACAGAUGAACCAAUAUCCAUGCCAUCUUAUUUGACAUAUGUCAUCUUGACUUUUAAUGAUGUUUCAUUCGAUGAAAUCGAAAAAUUUUUAUCUAAAAUUUCUCAUAAUUUGCAACGUUUACGUUUAACAAUACACGGGAACACCACAUUUCUUUGUGCUAAUCGUUGGAAACAAUUAAUUAUAAAUCAUAUGCCUCAUUUAUACAUGUUUGAUUUUAUGUAUUUGAUUUCUAAAAAUGAUAUUCUGGAUGAGUAUAUUAGCUCAGAUCAUUUAUUAGAUAGUUUCAAAUCAUCAUUUUGGACAAAUCGACAAUGGUUUUUUCAAUAUAAAGAUUGGUCAUGUGCUUAUGGUCGUUUUGCAGGAAUAUUUUAUUCUACUCAUCCAUACAGAAGAAAAUCUUAUGAAUUAUAUCGCUGUGAUAACUAUGAGACGACUAUCAAUUCAGCUUCUCAUUUGACAAUUGGUAUCGAUCCCAUACCGAAUGAUAAUUUGAUUCAUUUUCCAAAUGUGACUAAACUAACUCUAAUUAAAAAUGAUAUUGAAAGUAAUGGUCGAUCAAUACUCAAUAUUAAUCGUAUUAUUCCGUUGAUGCAAAUUACUUGUUUAGUAGUUCGAGAUCCUCAUUUUACUAUUAAGAAACUUAUUAAAUUAUUACGAUAUUCAUUGAAUAUUCAAUCAUUAACCUUAAUCGGUAUGUCAUUAACAGAUGACUUUCAUUUAUCAAAAAAACAGAGCUAUCAAGUUUUUUCAAUAUCAAAGGCUAGUAAAGUUACUGAAUUAUGCAUCGAUGAUGAAUGUUCAUUGGAAUAUAUGCAAUUUUUUGUUCAUCUUUGUCCUCGCUUAGAACAUCUUGAUAUUAUUACUGUCAGACGUCAACACGAAUCAAUUGUACAAUUCUUAUUAUCAGGUUAUCUUCCAAAUCUUUUCUGGUUACGUUUUGGAUACAUAUCCACCCAAGAAGGCGAGCAAAUUCAAAGAAUGAUCGACCGUGACCAAUUAAUUUAUUACUAUACUAUCAAAAAUCAUCACACGGGAUGGUAUUUGUGGUGGAGUUAG